GUUUGUUGUUUCUGAAUAGCGUCGCGGUGCACUAUGUGUAAAUAUUUCCAUUGUAAUCUGAAAUCUGGGAGUGAAUGUGAACUGAGAGAUGUUUGAAUAUUUCAGCUGGGAUAAGAUGAAGACUGGAAUGGAGAUCCAGCCGAAUCGACGGUAUACCUGAUGCAUCAGACUCACCAGAUGACACUGCCCAGGCCUUCAGGAGGUGCAAACAGAGAAGGAGGAAGAGAAAAAUCACCAGAAGUACAACGAUUCAACAGGUAUCCAGAAACAAAAACUCUACCAUACGAAGAAGAUGACUACAGGCAGAGCAAAACGUCGUUAAGAGAAGAAACUCAUAAAUACCUAGAACAACCUGUGACUAAAUAUACAAAUAACAAAUUCAUCGAAAGGCAAAAAAGCUUUGAAAACAAGAAGGUUUUCCAAAGGCAAAAGAGUUUUGGAGAACUGGAGCUAAAGAGCAGGGUGUCGAAAAGUUUGGACAAAGAAAAAUACUUCGACAGCCUUCCGGACAAAUACUACUACCAGAGCGGUUGCAACCAGUUCGACAGGGAAGACAAGUUUGAUGAUUAUUGUGAAGAAGAUGUGUUAGAUAGGUAUAAUGAGAAGAAAUAUAUAUCUAGGAAUGACCGAGAUAAAAAUGGGAAGUACUAUGAGGAUGACGGAUUUGACGAAAAUAUCAAGUACCGGAACAAACCAGUAGAUUACGAGAAAAAGUCUCCAUCGCAGAGAUACCCGUAUGAUGACGCCGAAUAUUUUGGCGAGUACCGAGGCGAGGAGACGUCUAGACCUGUACCUAAGAUCAGGCAGAAGUACCCUUCAGAUCACUAUAAUGAUCAAGGUGGCUAUGAUAGUCAGGUCAAGUCAGGCAGGCCUAAAAGUAGUGAUGCUAGGUAUUAUGAUGAUCAGGAACCAGUGAAACCCAGGUCCGUUAGCAACGACUAUGACAGGAGUGAAAUUAGGGAAGAGCGGUCUAAGCGUCCCCAGGAACUGUUCGACAGUAACUCAAUGGGCAUGAGGAACGGGCGAUAUAGGCAACGAUCUCCUGAUUCUCAUUUGGAUGAAGUAAAAGCCCCUCGGGACAGAUUCAAGGAUGCGAAGGAAAAGUUUCUGUUGAUGGAAAGGGAGAGGCUGGAGAAGGAAAGGAACCUUAAGAGGCCAGAGUCACCCAUAUCGCCUGUUAGAAGAUACGAUAAUCAUUCUAGGACUAGCUAUGACGAUCGAUACUACGAUAGCCGCCGAGACCGAGAACACCAAGAAGAAGUCCAGCUUCGUCCGAAACCGGCACCCAGACAGCGCGUGGAGGCUGAGGAACUGCCUCCUGUGAGAUACCGGGAGAGAAACUCCCGUGAGCGGGAGGCACCUGUCGAGAGAUACCGUCAUACUGACAAGCUGGAUCCGAAGAGAAGGUCCAUGUACUCUCUAAUCGAGGAAGAGAGGAGGAAGAACUCCAGCGAGAUCGCUAAGGAGUUGAAGAGGAGGUCAUAUAUGGAAGGGUGUACGUUUGAAGAAGAUCCACGCAGUGCAUAUCCCCGAGGCCAUUAUCAAGACAUGCCCGACUCUAGUGGCUAUCCUGAUAGUUAUUCAAGGUCUGGAGUCGAGUCAGAACGGAGUGACAAUAAAUUCACAAAGAACCAGAAGGUAACAAAGAACUCUGCCGGAUACAGGCACAGUUACGCUGAACCGAAAAUGAGGACGGACAAAAAUGGAGCAAAGAAACAUUUUGCAGAGGUCUUACACAGAACAAAUAGUACUGCUGGAAAUGGCAGGGUUGGCAUUGCCAGUCUGCACCACUACUGAAUAGAUUGUUAAUGCUUAUUAAUGUUUUGAAAAAGGAAGUAUAAUAUCUUGGGCCACACAAAACGAAAUAUAAUUUUAACUAUCAAACUAUUCUGGUAACUUUGAAUAAAUAAAUAGAAAUUAAUUUAAAUGCAUAAUUUGUCAAAGUCUCAGAUUUAGUGCUGCUUUCACUUGAGUUGCGUCAAGUAUGGCUUAAAGAUUCCAACAUAUGGCAAUCCACUGUAUUUCUUUUUGUGGUUUGUGAUAACGUCACUACUCUAUCGGAAUUCGAUUUUCUUAUUAAAGCACUAUUAGUUACUGCUGGUCAAUGAUAACACAUAUCGUUAAGGAAUUCUGUACAGAACGUUAAUAAAAUAUAGGACUUGGUUCUAGGUAGAGAAUAUGUGAGAGUCCUCAGAGUUCAAAUGUUUCUUACCAAAAAAAGGUAAAAAUAUUUCUAGAUUUUAUUGUUCUGUUAAAUGUUUUGUCAAAACUGCUUAUCAGACAUAUGAUAUUAUAUAAUAAUAUAUUGUGAUGUUGCUCUGAAAUUGCUCAUGACGAUGUUCUUGCAACAUAUAAUUGUUAGAGGUGUAAUCGAAGUUAAUUUUAUGUGUAAAAUGAACUUAACAGACUAGCUAUUAUAAUGAGUAUAUUCACAGCAUGUUGACUUUCUUCGAUAUUUGUGGAAAAGUAUUUAUUUUUUAUGUGCCUUCAUAUUUUAUAAUUCUAUGUUUACACUGCAAAGAGGCAAUUGUUGUUCAUACACACUGUAUAUGCAAAUAGCUUAUUGUUUGUUAAUAACUGGUGUGCUAACAUUUUUCGUACUAUCUACUAUAUUUGUAUAUUUUUGAUGAAAUAAAAUGUACUUUUGUGAA